UUGUGUUUGGUUAACUUGUAAAUAUUUAGGGAAAGAUGACAUCCGUGAAGGUAGCUGUGCGGGUCAGGCCCUUGAACCAAAGGGAGAAGGACCUGGAGAGUAACUUUAUCAUUGCAAUGGAUAAGAAAAAAACUACCAUUGUAAAUAGAAAGGUGCCAGAAACCGGUGCUGAAGGUGACCACGCUAGGGAGAAUAUGCGAUUGAAAGAAUUCACAUUUGACCAUUCUUUCUGGUCAGUUCUUCGGUCAGACUCUAAUUAUGCAUCACAGGAGGAGGUGUUUAAGUGUCUCGGCCUGGAUGUAGUGGCAUCUGCCUACGAUGGCUACAAUGCUUGUGUGUUUGCUUAUGGACAGACAGGAUCAGGGAAGAGUUACUCCAUGAUGGGCAGCCACGAUGAUCCUGGAUUAAUCCCUAGAAUCUGUCGGGAGCUGUUUUCACGGAUGACUGAUGAAGAUACCAGUUUUAAAGCUGAAGUUAGUUACUUGGAAAUUUACAACGAAAAAGUGAGAGAUCUAUUGAAGCAGUCAUCUGCAAACAAACCAAUGCAUAGUCUUCGUGUGCGAGAACAUCCCAAACUUGGUCCCUAUGUACAAGAUUUAUCAAAGCACACAGUCAGUGAUUAUGAUGAUAUUAAAGGACUCAUGGACAGAGGGAAUUCCAUCAGAACAACAGCUGCCACAAACAUGAAUGAUACAAGCAGUAGAUCCCAUGCCAUCUUCACCAUUGUGUUCACUCAGGCCAAGUUCAAUAAUGAUGUCCCUUGUGAGAUGAGUAGUAAAAUACAUCUGGUAGACCUGGCAGGGAGUGAGCGAGCGGAUUCCUCAGGGGCAACAGGUCAGAGGUUAAAAGAAGGUGCCAGUAUCAACAAAUCGCUGGUCACUCUGGGGUCAGUCAUCAGUGUCCUUGCUGAGAUGUCAGGAAGUAAGUCUGGGAAGACAUUUUUCAUUCCAUAUCGAGAUUCUGUCCUGACAUGGCUCCUGAAGGACAGCUUGGGAGGAAACUCUCGAACCAUCAUGGUAGCCACAAUAUCGCCAGCUGAUGUGAAUUAUGCAGAAACACUGAGUACAUUGCGGUAUGCCAACCGAGCCAAAAAUAUUAUCAACAGGCCAACUGUGAAUGAGGAUCCAAACGUCAAACUGAUCCGAGAUCUGCGAGAUGAAAUCAACAGACUGAAGGCUUUGCUAGGUGGCAAUAUUGACAACAUAUCUACUCCAAAAGUCCAAGAAAAAUUACAUGAAAACGAAGCAAGGGUCAAAGUAUUGACAGAAGAAUGGGCAGGAAAAUGGAAUGAGGCUCAACAUAUUUUACAGGACCAGACAUUAGCUUUACGUAAGGAGGGCCUUGGUGUGGUGUUGGACUCCACAUUGCCCCAUCUGAUUGGUAUAGACGAUGAUAUCCUCAGUACUGGGAUAAUGUUAUACCAUCUUAAGGAGGGCAGUACAAUUGUGGGACGGCCAGACUCGGAGGAAAUGCCAGAUAUUGAGAUUGCUGGGAUAGAUGUAGAAGAAAACCAUUGUGAGAUUGUCCAUCGAAAUGGGGAAGUAACUCUAUACCCAAUGCAGGGGGCUAUGUGCUCUGUCAACGGAACUGUUGUUACUGAUCCAAUCAAACUAACUCAAGGAGCUGUGAUUUUGCUGGGCAGAACAAACAUGUUUAGGUUUAAUCACCCGGCUGAAGCUGCCAAGAUGAAACAAGAGCUCCGCAGUUGUGGGCUGAGUUUGUCGAGGACGUCCCUGCUUGGUCACUCCAUGACAGAUCUGUAUAAAUCUUCUGAGAACCUCUCCCUUCUGGCUGCUGGAUUCGAGUUAGAACAGAAUAACAGAGAUGAUUUAGCCAAGCUUGACGACAAAAGAGUACAGAUUAACGCGAUGGAAAAGAGGCACAAGAAAGCAGAUCAAGAUCGGGACGAGGCCCAGGAUAAUCUGGAAAAAUUUGUUCAAGAGAAAGAAGAAAGGCUUUUAAUGAUCCAGGAACAAUUUGAGGAGGAAAUAAGUAUUGGAGAAAAAUUGAAGAUAUUGGAGGAAAAAGAAAUUAUGAUUACUCAGCAAGCAGCAGCAACAACACAGAAUCUAGAACAGGAAAGUGAGAAAGUUAAAAGACAACAUGAGGAGCAGAAAUCACAACUCCAGGUCCUGGUUGGUAGACAGGCACAACAAGAGAAGUUAAAGGCUGACACAGAGGUUGAGGUCACAGUCAAGGUCAAGGAUCUCAUGGGUCAAAAGUCACAAGUUGAACAGAAGUUGAAUGCUGAUGUGAAUGAACUGAACGGCUUGCAAUCUGAUUUCGAAAUCCGCAAAAAAAAAAUAUUGGACAACAAUGAAGACGUAAAAUCAGAAAUUCUGUCGCUUGAACAUGACAAAAGCAAAUUUCUUACUCAGUGGGAGAAAGAAAAGGAGGCCAUGACAGAUACUUGGCAUCCAUCUUUAGAAGCAAUUGCAGUCAAGAACAAUAGGAUAGAAGAAGCAUGGAAGGAUUUGUUAGAGCUUGAGAAUAAGCAUGAAUUAAAGGCACAAAGUCAGCGGAACAUGAGUAAUGAAGAAAGAGAGAAAUUCGAGGAUGAAAAACAUGAAUUAGAAAUGGCCAGAACUCUUUUGAAAGAGGAGGAAGAAAGAGUCACUCGUGAGGAGAAAGAGAUAGUAGAUGUUAUAGAAAAGGAAAUGGAUAAAAUGGAACGGAUGAAAAGUGAGAGACUUCAAGAAAUUGAAAUUAAGAAACAUAAUUUAAUACUUGACUCUGAUGAAGAUUUAAAGACAAUGAUUGAAAGAAUCUCAGAAAAAGAAAAAGUUGUGACCAGGACACGUGACACUGUGAAUGAGAUUGACAAGGAAUUAGUGUGCUGUGAUAACAUGCUAAGUGAUGUUGUAGACUCUACUACACGGGAACUGGAGGAGCUAGGUCAGAGACGAGAGGCGCUCACCGCCAACAUGAUGGACGAAGAUGCAGUCAGUAACACACUGACUGAGAUCAGUAACAAGGUCAUAGAGGUGGAGACAAAGUAUAAAAAGGAACUGAAGACGAUACAAUCAGAAAGAGAAAGAUUGCUGAUGAAUAAAGAAGCUGCAGCAUUGUGUGAAGCAGAAGAAAAUGGCUGGGAAAGACUGUCAGAAGAUGCCAGACUGGAGAGGAAGAUAAAAGAGAUAGAAACAUUGAAGAAAGAGGUAGAAUCUGCAAAAGCAGAUUUGGAUGAAAAACAGCGUCGGUUUGAGGAGGAGCGGAAUGCUGAAAUGGAUAAGAUUGAAUAUGAGGUACUCAAACUGCAGGAGAUGGAGAGACAAGAGAGAAUAAAUGCCUUGGUUGAGCAAGAGGUGAAGAGAAGAAUGUUUGAGGAAAAAGUAGAGCGAGAGAACAGAAGGAAAAUGGAACGAAAGAAAGAACAGGAAGACCGAGCAGAAGAGAUACAGAAGAUAAAGGAACAACACAACCGCGAAGUUCGCCAGCUGAAGGCUAAGCUAGAGAAAAUCAGUAACGGGAAACCUGCAAAGUCAGUAAUGUCCAGCAAGUCUAACCCUUACGCCACAGUAAUGUCGUCUGAUACAGGGAAGGAUGGCACUGUAUCACCUCAUUGUCACAGUAUUGAUACCAGGAGUAGUAGUCUAACAGUCUCUGGUGACCUUAACCUUCUCAAGGUCACCAUUCCAUCAUACCGUCUCCAAGGUUACGGAUCCGACCAUCAUUAUGAAUAUGAAGUGAAGGUGAUAAUUGGAGAUGAUUCCUGGACAAUUUAUCGCAGAUACAGCAGAUUUAGACAGUUACACCAAGACUGGAAACGAAAAAUUCCUGAGGUUAACUCACUGGUGUUUCCUCCGAAGAAACUCUUCAGUAGAUCUGAGAAGGUGGUGGCAGAGAGACAGAAACAGUUAGAGUUGUACAUGCAGAACUUCCUGUCUAUCUGCCAGAGGACGCCAUCUUGUUCCCUACAUUCCUCCAAUAACAAAUAUCUCACCAAACAAGUCUUGUGUGAAUUUGAAACAUUUUUCAAACGUGGGUUGUUUGAAGUGUCAAAACAUGGUGCCACAUGAUAAGUCAACUUCAUCCAAGGAUUUUUCUACUCUGUCAUUUAAAUAUAAGAGAAUUCACCAGUUGCUUUGAUCUUUGCUAGAUUCUUGCUGAAUUUUUGCUGUGUGUGACAUAUAUUUUAUUGCUUUUGCAUCACACAUCAUUCCAAGCAAUUGCUGAAUGAACGGUUUCAGAUGCUGUUUUAUCACUUUAAAAUGC